GUUGUAUUUUGUUAUCACUUCAUUAGAAUUGUAAACACAACCGGUGUGCAUGUUUGUUGAUUUGUUCAGUGAUUUACUAUUCAAUGGAACUCUAUUUGCUUACUUAUCACAAAAGUGAUAUCGUCGACAUUCUAAACAAUUGCGACGAUUCUAUUGAUUCCUCUAUUUCCGUCAAUCUAACUCAUUUGCAUCAAACUAAUCCGGAACUAUUUACCGACGUUGUGAACGACAUCCACAAAGAAUCACUAAAAUGGAGCGACGUUGUGGUCGAUCUGCAAAAACGCUUUGCCGAGACUGAUGAGGAAUUCCUCGAACAGGACUGGUUAAUUAAAGAGAAUUGCCGGGUGCGAUUCAACAAUUUACCGGAACAUGAUUUCCGCAAUCGACUUUCGUUUCCGUCAAAUGACGAUGUUGGUAAAUUUGUCCAGAUUCGGGGAACUGUCCUGCGAACGACCCAGCCAAAGUUUUUAGAAUACAAAACGGUUUACAUUUGCGGACGUUGCAAAAACACUAUUACUAUCGAAGGAGAUUACGGAAAGUAUUAUAUUGUGGCUCCGCCAAACAAAUGCCCUAAUGGAUGCACGGGAAGACCUUACUCAGAUACGACGAAUGCUGUUAACAAAAACUUCAUUACCUAUCAGGAGAUUAAAAUUAUGGAAGCAGUGUCCAAGAAAAGUACACCGUCGGUGAUGGAUGUAACGUUGGAUGACGAUUUGGUUGAGAGCUGCCAACCUGGGGACAGCGUAACCAUUUGCGGAACGGUUGAGUCUCGCUAUACAUUUGGUCAGCGAAUAGAAAUAAAAGUUGUCGUCCGAGCGAAUAGCGUUAAUAAUAAGAUGAAGCAGGUGAAUAUUGGCAACGAAUUGCCCGAGCAUUUACUUUGUCUGCGCGCCGAAUGGAAUGAAUUUAUCGAAAAACAUGGAGAACUUGGUGCUAGAGAUAUGAUCGUCCAAAGUAUUUGCCCAGACGUUCAUGGAAUGUAUUUGGCGAAGCUGGCUGUUGCAUUAGCUAUCUGCAGUGGCUCUUCGUCAGCUGUGUCUGGAAUGCGGAAUCAUUCGCAUGUGUUGUUGAUCGGUGAUCCAGGACUAGCCAAAUCAAGAUUGCUUAAAUUUGCUUCGGCUGUCUCUACUCGCUGUAGCUUCGCAACGGGUUCGGGUGUUUCAUCGGCUGGUUUAACAGCUGCGGCAAUUCAGGAAGGAGGGGAGUGGCAACUAGAGGCUGGUGCGUUACCGUUAGCCGAUAAUGGCAUUUGUUGCAUUGAUGAAUUUAAUAUGAUGUCUGAGUCGGACAAAGCAUCGCUUCACGAAGCUAUGGAGCAGCAAACUAUUCACAUAUCGAAAGCUGGCAUCGCAUGCAAACUGAAUACUCGUUGUACAAUAAUAGCGGCAACCAAUCCCAAAAAUCUGUAUUCCAUGUCCGAUCAUGAAGGAACCUCAGCCAUCAACCUUGGUCUAGCGUCAUCGUUGCUUAGCCGUUUCGAUUUGGUUCUCAUUUUGCGUGACGAACGGAAUAGGGAAUGGGAUACCAGAGUGGCCAAUCACAUUUUUUAUGAAAUUGAACCGACGCUUGGUGAAAACCUUUACGAUCUUGCUAGAUUGCAAGCUCACUUUUCCGCCGUCCGAGAUUUUGAUCCAGUUUUAACUGAAGGUGCAACUCGAAUACUAAAGGCGUAUUAUCUGGCAUGCCGUGCGGAUGAAGACAGAGAUGCAGGAAGGACUACGAUACGCUUUAAUGAUAGUUUGUACCGUCUGGCAAAAGCGCAUGCGAAACUGUUGUUUCGAAGUGAAGUGACCGAAAUUGAUGCAGUGAUAGUCGUUAUGUUGAUGGAAUCAUCAUUUGGAUUCGGUAGAAUUUUGCAGCCAAAAAAUGUUCUUCACAAAGAUUUACCGCUGGGACCGAGCGAUGAUCAAAUAAUUGAGCUGAUGGACAGAUUGAACUUGGAAAGGAUAAAUCCUCCCAGGACACAUAAUUUGCAUUCCACCUCGCUUACACCUAACUUACAAUUAAGAGCCGAUACAACUUCGAACAAGGAGAAUGAAACUAUAAAUCGUCGAAGUGAAACUGAAGUAUCGAAUACACCAACUAUUUUCAACAAUGUACAAGAACGGAAUACUGGUGCACAAGUCCCGGGAAAACCAACAUAUUCGAAAAGGUAUACUGUGCAGAAAAGACAAUUGAAUCGCUCUCUGUCGAACGAAAAUAUUUCAAUUCUGCCAGCCCAUUAUACUCAAAGUGCAAAGACUCAACCGAUUGAAGCGAACCCGUCAACGCAUCACUGGAAAAGAUUUCGAAUGGAUUUGAACGAUGAAGAAUUGGAUCAAUUAUUCACAUUGGAUGAGCCAACGCCGAAAGUGAACGUUGUUGACAGGAUCUCCAACGGCAUCAAUGUUCCAGCGAGCGUUCGAACUUUUGGAAACCAAUCGACUCACAACCAAUCAGAUAGCGGUUUAUUCACAUUGGAUGAGUCAAUGCCGAAAAUCACGGAAGAUAGCAUUGUCGACAGGGUGUCUAACGUCAUCGAUGUUCCAACGAGUGUUCGAAUUUUUGGAAACCCAUCGAAUGACGACGAACUAGAUACAUUAUUCACAUUGGAUGAGCCGACGCUAACGCCAACUGAAGUGAGUGUUCUUAGUGAUGUUGCAAGUGUUCCGGUUCUAAACAACUCGUCGAACGACGACGAAUUAGAUCGAGUGUUCACAUUGGACGAACCGACUCUUACAGCGGAAAUAAAUCGUGUCAGUCAGGUCACCGACAAUGUUCUAGCGAAUUUGCCCAUACCGAUCCAUGAAAGCGCAUCGAAUGUUCAACAAAGUGAAAGAGUGGAACAGCCGCAUCGAUUUCGAAUUUUCAAUAAUUGUACCGAUGAAGAUCUGGCUGCUUUGGAUGAUUUAGAUUUUUAAUUUAAUUUAUUGUUGCAUGUUGUCUGUCUGUGAUGAUAUUUUGUAGAGUGAAUACAUGUACUUGAAA